AUGGCACAGAACUCGGGCGCUCUCCAAAAUACUGAUGUGCUUAUAAUUGGCGCAGGCAUGUCUGGUAUUGGAUUCGCCGUGCAGCUACUGAGGCAGUUUGGCACAAGAAAUUUUAAAAUAAUUGAGAAAUCGGAUAAUCUGGGCGGGACAUGGUGGGUAAACUCGUAUCCGGGCUGUGGUUGCGAUGUUCCGUCUCAUUUUUUCUCAUAUUCCUUUGCUUUAAACCCCAACUGGACUCAAAAAUUUGCCCUGCAAUCAGAAAUUCAUGAAUAUUUCUCAGACGUAGCAGCGCAAUACGAAAUUCAUAAACAUGUUCAGUUCGCAUCUCUUGUCGAGAGAGCUUCAUGGAAUGAGGCAUCCGGGACAUGGAGUGUGACAAUUCGAGAUCUACAGUCAUCAGCUAUAACCGAACAUCACUGCAAAAUCCUUAUAUCUGCUGUUGGAGCACUAUCUGUUCCGCGUGAAUGCUCCAUUCCGGGAGCUUCAAAUUUUCGGGGUAGAGUAUUUCACACGGCGCAGUGGGACCAUACAUUCAAUUGGAAAGGCAAAGAGCUCGUCGUAGUCGGAAAUGGCUGCUCUGCAACACAAAUAAUUCCUGAAAUAUGCUCCGGCCCUGGAGCAGCAAAAAUGAUCACACAAUUCUCCCGCCAAUCGCAUUGGCUAGCUGAGCGCCCAAAUCCAAAGUAUUCCAUGCUGUUCAAGUGGACUAUGAAGUGGAUUCCUCUGGUCAUGCGCAUUUACAGAGCAAAGUUGUACUGGGACAAGGAAAAGGAUUUUAAGGGAUUCGAUAUAGAAACUGGCGCCGAGAUUCGCAACGGUUGGUCGAAGGAAGCAGCUGAUUAUAUUCAAGUCAAUGCACCCGCAAAAUACCGAGAUUUCCUUAUCCCGAAGACCGAAAUUGGAUGCAAGAGGCGUGUCAACGACACCAAUUAUCUUGCCAGUUUACAUCAAGGAAACGUCAAUCUCAUUUACGAUGAUCCAAUUGAUGAGAUAAUACCCACUGGUGUUCGCACACAAUCAGGUAAGAUUAUCACUGCUGAGGCUAUUGUUCUUGCCAACGGCUUCGAGACUCAAAAGCCAUUUGAAUCGCUGGAAAUUUUUGGAGAAAAUGGUGUCAGCAUCCAAGAUCAUUGGAAUCUAGUAAGCGAAGGGAUGCCUUCUUCAUAUCUUGGAACAUGUCUCUCAGGGUUCCCAAACUUCUUUAUGCUGAUGGGUCCGAAUACUUUGAGCGGUCACCUUUCUGUCAUUUAUACCACAGAAUGCCAGAUUAACUUCAUAAUUCGCAUUAUUAGGCCAAUCUUGAAUGCAAUAAGGACAGAGCUGCCAUGGUUGGCAGUAAGAAGGUCUGAUUGGGAUAUCGUCGCCGUCAAGCCUUCCGCAGAGACGCAAGAUAUCGAAUCAGUUCAAGAAAAAGCUAAGAAGCUCGUAUGGGCGACAGGGUGCACAUCUUGGUUCAUCGACGAAAAUACUAAGAGAAACACAAUAAUGUUCCCUGACUGGCAGUAUAAAUUCUGGCUUAGAAGCAUUUUUGUCUCUUGGGAUGACUUUGCUUAUCGAACAUCAACGACGUUUAGAAAAGAGGAAUUGGAGCUUACUUGUGUAGUGAAUGGAUUGUCAGCCACUCUGAACGAGCAACACAAUUACUCAAAAGUUGGUUAG